CGCGCUCAUUGGUCCGGCGGCGCGGUGGGCGGGGCGGCACUCGGUGGUUCCUGAGCUGCUGUUCACGGUACUCAGCUUCCGCGCUUCUGCUAGUCGGUCGCGCAUCCUGAAGUCGAGCUGUACACCGACCGUCUGCCUACCUGCCCGCCUGACCAGCUCUAGGGUCUUGGAUAUGGACUUUCUGCAGUUCCUGGCCUUCCUCUCUGUCCUGCUUCUGUCUGGAACAGGAGUCACAGGUACUCUGAGGACCUCCCUGGACCCGAGCCUGGAGAUCUACAAGAAGAUGUUUGAGGUGAAGCGACGAGAGCAGUUGUUGGCACUGAAAAAUCUAGCACAGCUGAAUGAUGUCUACCAGCAGUACAAGAUCCUUGAUGUGAUGCUCAGGGGGCUCUUUAAGGUGCUGGAGGACUCCCGGACAGUGCUCAUUGCUGCAGAUGUGCUCCCAGAUGGCCCCUUCCCCCAGGACGAGAAACUGAAAGAUGCUUUCUCCCAAGUGGUGGAGAACACGGCCUUCUUCGGUGAUGUGGUGCUGCGCUUCCCAAAGAUUGUGCACCACUACUUUGACCACAACUCCAACUGGAACCUUCUCAUCCGCUGGGGCAUCAGCUUCUGCAACCAGUCGGGCGUCUUUGACCAGGGGCCCCACUCGCCCAUCCUCAGCCUGAUGGCCCAGGAGCUGGGGAUCAGCGAGAAAGACUCUGACUUCCAGAACCCAUUUAAAGUAGACCGCACAGAGUUCAUCUCCAGCACUGACCCUUUCCAGAAGGCCCUGAGAGAAGAGGAGAAACGCCGGAAGAAAGAGGAGAAGAGGAAAGAGAUCCGAAAAGGCCCACGGAUCUCGAGAUCCCAGUCUGAGUUAUAGCCCUGGAGCAGCCCAAGGUUCAAGGGGCCAGUCAGGAGGAAGAGGAGAAUGCUGUGGCAUCAACUGGUGGUGAGAGCUGGCCACUGUGAGAGGAGAGGUCGAGUUUACUCGGCCCCUGAAGCCGGCUCUGAGCCCCAGCUGAAGGGACUAGGCUGAAGAGGGCUGGAUUUCCUCCCAGGGAUCUGUCUCGAGGGGUGCCAAGGGAGCUUUCAGAGGGCGCUAUGCUGCAGACCUAACCCUGUGGAGAUGUUGGAAGCAGGAGGGAUCCUGGGCUGGACUCUCCUGGUGGGUUAGGACCACUGGCCAGCUAGCUGCUGCCCUGUGUGGGGAGGCAGCAGAACUGGGGUCUGAGCUGUGUGUGGAGGUGUCCUGCCUGCUGCCGGCCUCUGUGUGUUGCUGAGUUGCCCGCACAGGUUCUAGCCCCCUACAGAGACACAAUAAAAGCCAGCAAACCCUCUGGGCUAACCGAGGCUGGUUUGGGCCGCAGGGAGCUGUGAGCCCCUUCAUGGAGCAGGUCGGAGGGGCCUGGGUGGGGGGAUCAGGGGCUCUCAGAUGUACAGACCAGUUUAGAGGAUGUUCCUUCCUCAUCAGGAUGAGCCUCAGGCCCUGGCAGUGAAGCAGGGACUUGGCUUUGGCCUCCUGUUUCCUUCUCAGUACUGUCCUUGACAACGGGUCAGUGUUGGGAAGGGACCAAGGUUUCCUGGGAGAGUAUUUAGCCCAAGACAGCCAUGGAGCAACAUAAUCUCUGUCCUCAGAUAUCCAGGGACAGUCAUUGAGCAGGUGCAGGAAGAAUUGACUUGUUCUCUCUGGCAGUGCUGGGCGACCCUCGGUCUGUGGGUAGGGGCUGUUCAGGGACAGGCUGCAGUUCUGCAGAAGGCUGUGUUUUGUGAUGGUAGGGCUGCCCUCAGCUGGGCUGGUCAGACAGCAAGCUCCCUGUGUCAGGAGGUGUGCAACCCACGACCAGGGCAGUGGGCAGCUGCCCUUUAGUCAUGUCCCUCCCAGGCACAGAGGGAGGAGCUCUAGUAGGAAUUCUAGCUCUGUCUCUUUGACUUUGCCAGUCAGGGUCUGCCUCUGAAAAGGGGAGACAUGCAACUAUCCCCAGCCCCCCACCACUGACAGAGCCCAAGGGAGACCUAGAGUCUUAUCUCAGCCCAUCAGACUUGCUGAGUGGCUCUGGCCCACCCCUUCCCUGUGCUGUGGCUUCAUUGGCAUAAUGAAUUUGAUGAUGUCUGAACCCCUCUGCUAAGCCCUAAACUGUUUCUCUGAGGUUGGGCCUGGCUUCUCAGUGACAAGUGCCCUUCUCUGGUGGUUCUUUGUUCAUCCUAUAUAUUUGCUGGGCACCCCCUGUAUGCACAGCGAAGAGAGGGGCCUGAUCUUACUUGUCUUCAUCUCUGCCGCAUCUAGCGCCUCUGUCCUCCUGGGUUCUUCCUUCUACACCUACACCUCUCUCCAUCUUGAUCCCUUCCUUUCACCCUUAAAUCGGUGUAAACUUAAAAGUUUUCCCAUCUGACACCUUCAAAGAUACAAACAGAACCACUCUGCUCUCCUCCCAGGGCAGGUCCAGCUGGGCGCCGUGGGAACAGCUGCAGAGUGGGAGGCACUGUGCCCACUUUCCUGCUCUCCUGGUACUCAACCCUAUAGAGGGUUACUGAGACUCUGGGGUGGGAAGACAUUAGACCCAAGUGAAAGUGAGCCAUAUGGUAUGCCAGCAGAUAGUCACCCCCACAGUGAGGGGGGCCCUGGGAGAGCCCCUGAAUGGUGCUGUUGAAGGUGGCACUGUCCAGCUCAGUGCCUGGUCCAGAGCAGGGCAGUAGGGUUUGGCUUUUUGUUUCAGGGUGAGACUAGUAUAAUCUAUAGCUACUCCCCUGCAUGUAAACAAGAAGACAUUCUUGUCUUUUUUUCCCUCAAAAUAAGGUACUUUAUUUAUUGUGUUAUACAUCUUCACUAUAAACGUAUUUAAACAAUACUGAAAUACCAGGAAGAAAGGAAAAUUCAUCCUAAAUCCCACCACUCCCAUAACCAUAACUUGACACUCAGCUGUUCCAUCCUUUUUGUCCUUCGUGUGACACACAGAUCCCUAUUUUUUCAAUUACAAUAGCUACCUUGUACUAACUGUGCAUCAGGCCUUAUCCCAAGUGUUGGCUUGCAUCAGCUCCUGCCUCAGGGCCUUUGUGUCGUCUGUUCUGCUGGCUAUACAAGACACAGUUCUCACCUGAUAAUUUUAGGUUUCAUCUUGAAUAUCAAUGUCUGAUUUCUUCACCGGACUGGAAGCUCUUAGAGGGCAGGAACUCUUUCCCUGCCACAGAGAUAUUCAAUAAAUACUGUCAAAUAAAUGUGCAAAUGACCUCUCAAUCUUCACAACUAUGAGGGGCACUAUUCCCCCCAUUUUAGAGGUAAGAAGACUGUGGUUCAGACCAGUUACUUAACCAGCAGAGUCACACCGUGCCUAAGAGGAUCCACAUGUCUGCUUCCACACAGCCUGUGAACAUUUAAGUCUUGACUACCAAGCAACAGCUGCCUCUCACAGACUAGAAGAAAACACUUUCCCUUUUAACAAUAUAAUUGUGAAAUUGUUUGCCAACAGAUACACAUUUCUGUAUGUAAUGUUUAAUGCCAUGGUAUUCCAUUGUGUGGAGGUAAUUUAUUCAUUGGGUCCUUAUUUGGCUUCCCAGUUUUUCCCAGUGACACUGGACUUUGUGAUGAACGUUUUUAAACACCA